UGUCGGCGCAGGGCUCUGUUAACAACUUCGAAGCUAAAACGUGUGGUUUUUGUAAUUUGUUUUGAUUUUUAAUAAAUUUUUCUUAGAAAAUUAACUAAUUUUGACGAUAAAAAAUGAAAAUAACGCGUUAUAAAAAAUCCCACAAAACUUUAAUGUUUUUUGCCACACAUUUCAAUUAUCAUGAACCUUAUCAAGUGUUAGUGGAUGCCACUUUCUGCCAAGGCCGCUUUAAAGAAUAAGUUAUAAUCGAAGAACAAAUAAAGAAAUACUUUCAAACUCAAGUAAAACUGCUAACAACACAAUGUAUUAUUUUGGAGGCCGAAUCUUUGGGAGCGCCACUCACGGGAGCUACACAAAUUGUCAAGCAAUUUUAUGUGCACAAAUGUGGUCAUGAGGGAAAACCUGUAACCGCAGCUGAAUGUAUUAAACAAAUGACCAAAGAUUCCCGCUAUAUAGUUGCCAGUCAAGAUCGUGCCUUACAAGGCAGUUUGCGCAAAGUGCCCGGACGUUGCCUGCUAUACCUACAUAAAGCUGCUCCCGUUUUGGAGGCUCCUUCUGAUGCUUCCAAGAAAUGGGUACACAAGACCAAUAAUCUCUUGCCGCAAGAGGCAGAAAAGAAAAUUGAGUUUCUUAAACAAAAAGAAGGUCUAGUUAGAAAGGAAAACGAGCUGCCAAAACGUAAACAAAAAGGUCAAAAUCCUAAUCCUUUAUCCUGUAAAAAGAGUAAAAAACAAAGACAAUAUGAACAGCAACAAUUGCAAAAAUCUGAUGUCAGCAAUAAGGAACAGAAAAUUGAUGAGAGUAAAACGGAUAUGAAACCUAAAAGAAAACGUGUAAAAGUGCCAGCACAUGUUAAGGAGGUGUUGAAAAAUAAAUCGUGAUAAGGAAUUUUAUGAAUGAA